UUAGGAAGACGACGCAGGGCUGGAAGAAAAUGUUUGUGAUUUUGUAAAAAAGCUGUUUUUGUGUAUUUUUCAUUUAAGUUUUUAUCGACUUAUCAAGAACCGAAUGGAAGUGUUAGUGCUGUGCUGCUUUUAGAUAAAUUUUAUUACGGAGAGGAGAACCAUUCGAAGGCAAAACAAAUGAGCGCAAUCAACAGCGCCGGCCGAUCGCCAGGACGGAUGCCGUAGCUCGCCCAGUGGAGCUCGCCGUCGCCGUGAUGAGCACAACCCGCCAUAAUGCGCCGGCGGCCAUUUUAAAACGGAGACUGCGCUGGUCACCACGACAUGGCCGUCUAUCGCGGCGCACGCACACUCCAACUGCUCGCGCAACCGCGCUCUGCUUCACUGUCACAACGCUAUGAAAUGUGGAAACACGGAAAGUGGCGACAAAAAGCGUCACCACCAAGGACAAACCCAGCCGUUCGGGUUCCAAGAUAGAUAGUUGGGGACAUUUUUACAGUGUAGUAGAGGCCUAAGUGUUACUGUUCUGUGUACAUAUAGUGUGUGUAGGUUUAAGCAUGGGUGGUGAUAGUAGAGGAGCGCGCGCGCCGUUGCUGGAGUGCGGCGACUACGCGCACGCGCACAAGAGCUCGGCGCCGCGGUGUUGCUUCUGGUUGGCCAGCCACGUCAACGUGAGGAAAUGCGUCGCCGGCGUUAUGCUGCUUUCCGUCCUCACAAUAUUCUUCUAUACUUAUUAUGUGACGGCUCCGUUGACAAGCUUAGUCUGGCGCGACCGCAUACCUCGGCCGCUGUCCCAGUGCUCUCUGCUGGCGUCGCAGCAGCAGGCGGCGCGGGACCACCGCUCGGACGCGCGUCUGCGCAUCGACGCCAAGGUGCUGGUCAUCGUGGAGUCCGCCUACUCGCGGCUCGGGCGUGACAUCGCUGAGCUACUUGUCGCCAACCGGAUUCGGUACAAGGUGGAAGUCGCAGGCAAGAGCUUACCUGUACUCACCACCUUGGACAAAGGCCGCUACGGCGUGAUCGUAUUCGAGUCGCUCUCCAAGUACGCCAACAUGGACAAGUGGAAUCGAGAACUGCUCGACAAGUACUGCCGCGAAUACUCUGUGGGGGUUGUCGGGUUCGCCACGCCGGGAGAAGAAACGCUAGUUGGCGCGCAGCUGAAGGGAUUCCCGCUCUUUAUGCACACCAAUCUUAGACUUAAGGACGCGACACUGAACCCCGCGUCGCCGGUGCUGCGGCUCGCGCGGGCGGGCGAGACGGCCUGGGGCGCCCUGCCCGGCGACCACUGGACGGUGUUCCGAGCUAACAGCUCCACCUACGAGCCCGUCGCGUGGGCGCUGCGGCAGAACGAGUACGGAGCGAGCGAGGAGCGACUGCCGCUAGCAACAGCGGUACAAGACCACGGGCGACUAGACGGCAUCCAACGCGUGCUGUUCGGCUCCGGGCUGCAGUUCUGGCUGCACCGGCUGCUCUUCCUCGACGCGCUCAGCUACCUCAGCCACGGCCAGCUCAGCCUCAGCCUCGAGCGGUGGAUCCUUGUCGACAUCGACGACAUCUUCGUGGGCGAGAGAGGUACUCGUCUCCACGAAGAGGAUGUCGCAGCUCUCAUGGCUUCCCAGGCCGCCUUACAGCGCCUUGUGCCGGGGUUCAGGUUCAACCUCGGCUUCAGCGCCAAGUAUUACCACCACGGCACCGCGCUCGAAAACCGGGGCGACGACGCGCUUCUCAAGAACAGGGAGCACUUUAACUGGUUCUGCCACAUGUGGAACCACCAGCAGCCGCACCUGUACAACAACGUGUCGCAACUCGAAUCUGAGAUGAUGCUCAACAAGCAGUUCGCCCUCACGCACGGCAUCCCCACCAACUCGUGCUACUCUGUAUCGCCACACCACUCCGGCGUGUACCCAGUACACGAACCGCUGUACGAAGCCUGGAGGAAGGUGUGGGACGUGAAGGUCACCAGCACGGAAGAGUACCCACAUUUACGACCGGCUAGGUUACGGCGCGGCUUCCGUCACAGAGGCGUCAUGGUGCUGCCUCGGCAGACGUGCGGGCUGUUCACACACACUCUGCUGCUCGAGCGCUACCCCGGCGGCCGGCAGCGCCUCGACCGCUCCAUACAGGGCGGGGAGCUGUUCCAGACCGUCAUCAACAACCCGAUCAACAUAUUCAUGACGCACAUGUCCAACUACGGGAACGACCGGCUCGCGCUCUACACGUUCGAAUCCGUGGUGAAGUUCCUGCGGUGUUGGACCAACGUGAGGUUGGCUUCCGCGCCGCCGCUCGCCCUCGCUGAGACCUACUUCCAGUUGAGGCCGGACGAACUCAGCCCACUGUGGGGGAAUCCGUGCGACGACAUCCGCCACCGUCGCAUCUGGUCGAAGAGCAAAUGGUGCGGCACGCUGCCCAAGGUGCUAGUCAUCGGGCCGCAGAAGACCGGCAGCACGGCUCUCUACACCUUCCUGGCCAUGCAUCCGUCGCUCGUGCCCAACCUGCCCAGCCCCACCACCUAUGAGGAGUUGCAGUUCUUCAAUAAUAACAACUACAUGAAGGGAUUAGACUGGUACUUAAACUUCUUCCCGCCGAGCAUCACCAACGGCACGCAGAUGACGUUCGAGAAGUCGGCCACAUACUUCGACGGCGAACAGGUGCCUCGGCGCGCGCACGCGCUGCUGCCCAACGCUAAGAUCAUCGCCAUACUCAUAUCGCCUUCUAAACGGGCAUACUCCUGGUACCAGCACAUCCGCUCGCACGGCGACGCCGUGGCCAACAACUAUACCUUCCACACCGUCAUCACGGCUAACGACUCCGCCCCCAAAUCCCUUAAGGACUUAAGAAACCGGUGUCUGAACCCUGGCAAGUAUAGUCACUUCCUGGAGCGCUGGCUGGCGGAGUACAGCCCGCACCAGCUGCACGUGCUCGACGGGUCGCUGCUGCGCGCCGAGCCCGCCGCCGCGCUCACGCCGCUGCAGAAGUUCCUCAAGAUCCCCGCGCUAGACUACAAUAAGCUGCUUAAGUACGACCCGAAGAAGGGAUUUUUCUGCCAAGCCGUAAGCAAUGAGCGGACAAAAUGUCUCGGCAAAUCUAAAGGGCGCGUUUACCCACCCAUGGAGGAGAGGUCGGCCAAAUUCUUAAAGCGAUACUACACGCCCCAUAACACGGCUUUGUCAAAGCUGCUGGUCAGGCUGGGGCGCCCCGUCCCGCAGUGGCUCAAAGACGAGCUAUCGUCUAAUGGAUAGCAUAUCUCUCAACCUAAAAGGUUGGAACGAGAUAAAAUACUUCACGGAUUGAUAAAAGUCUGUGUCGUGACCGUGCCCUGACCAGGUCGGGGCCCGCGCGUGAGGUUGCAAACAAUCUUGUUUUCAAGUGUUUCGGUGUGAGAGUAUCAUUGUUGAAAAUAUGUCUAUCAAUCUUGUAAUAUACUGUUUUAAAGAGUGAUAUUGUAAACGACUUAAUGUUCUCGAUCUCUACAAUUGAGACGUCGAUUUUUUUUCGUGAGAUUAAAUAAAUCUAAAUAAUAGGUGAUUAGUACAUAAUUGAGUUCUGAGUAAAGCAAUUACUGAUUUAAAUUAACUUGCCUGAAAUAUAUUUUAGCCAUAAUUAUGUUGUAUGAUCCGGCAAUUAUUGACGAUGAGUCGGUUUAGGUGCUAUUUUAAGUAUUGAACAAUACUACAUAUGCUUAGUUUUAACCCACGGUCCCAUAAGAUGCAACCAGUAGCUUGCAGCAAUCCAAAAGCGAGCUUAUGUAAUUGUUAUAGUUUUACGCAAUUUUAAGUACCUCAAGUACAGCAUAGUUCUUUAAGUUUUUUCACUUUUGUAUUUUUCGCCUCAGGAACAUAAGUUGUCAUUCCAUUACGCACGCGUUGGUUUCCUUAUAUUAUAACUUUAUGUACCUGAUACGACUUGUAUAUUUGUAAUUAAUUUUCAUUUUUCAUAUCGAAUAUUAGAUCAAUUACCAAUUUCUACGUCUAUCUGUGCCAUACACAUACAGUCUAUAGAUUUUAUUAAAACGGCACUAACUUUCAUUACUUAAAUUAUUUUUAUAGUCGCAAGCCUUUGUUUCACUGGAACAAAACACUAGUCGAAUAGGUGAUAUUUAAAUCACAAUUAUUUUUGUCAAUUCCAGCCCAUAGGUAAUUCGGAAUAUUUGUGUAAGCACAUAGUUUUUUUAUCUUGUUCCCGUAAGUUACCUACUCGUACAGUUAGCCGUAAGAGUUCUUUAUAGGGUGUAAACAAAAGGCGUUGUAUUUUAAAUAAUUGAUAUCAAUGAUAAUGAUAACGCAAGGAAUGAAUACAUAUAAAAAGUACUUGGUAUAUAUUUUGAUAUUCAUGAAUUUAUCGGCGAGGUAACUUGGUAAGAAAAGAGACCGACAGUGAAAUCGACAUCUUUUUACAACAUUUUCUUAGAAAAUAAUAAUUGAUUUAUAUUAGAGGUCGGCACUAAAAUCUUGUAAAAAAAAUCUGUUCCAUAUAAAUAUUAAAUAGACUUUAAAAUUAUAAUUAAUAAAUUGAUUUGACUAGAGCAUUAAAUGUUAAUGGAAUUUAGUUUUUUGUUAUGGAUAUCUAAAGUACAUUUUACAAAAAAUGCUUUAUACAUUUUAAAAUUUAUGUCUACACUUCCGAUGUUCUUAAUGUUGUGAAGUUGUGUGUUACGUAGAAAAUGGCCUUACAGUGUUAGAGGCGAGCUAUGAAACCUGUGUCAUGAUUUUAUUGUGGUGUUGCUAUUGACAUGUUUAUGUAUCUAGGGGGAGGUGCAGCCGUGUCCCCUCACUCCCCGUAUUCAAGACUAUAUCCCUGAGAAGUGUAUGUAUAUUGUAUAUGCUUAGUUUUGUUUCGUAUCGCGAGUGAGGGGACACGCUGCCAGUGACGAGGUGGAUGUUCCGCGGAACGGUUGUGUUUGCUUGGCAAUAAUACAUUUGACUUCAACUUACCCGCGUACGAAAUGUCCACACCAAGUUCGUUUGAUUAAUAAAUUAUAGUUGUUAUUUUUAUUGUGUAUAAAAUUUUUAAAGAUACAGCAGACUGCUCUUGAAAUGUGUUCUUUAUAAGAAAUUAAUACAUCACUUAUUUUAAUAAAUGAUUUGAAUCUAA